AUAUAACCCUCAUUGGCUUUGGUGGAGAGCGAGAGCAGCAUCAAAAUGAAGGUUCAGAAGGGGUUUGAUAAUAUGUUAAAGAGGAUUGCAGUGGUGUUACUUAUUGGAAUCAUAGCUUUUGCAUAUCAGAUCACCACUCCUCCGCCACCUAACCUCUGCGGUUCACCAGGUGGUCCGCCGGUCACCGGACCUCGAGUCACCCUCAGAGACGGUAGACAUCUAGCCUAUAACGAAUACGGCGUCUCCAGAGAAACCGCCAACUAUAAAAUCGUGUUCGUCCAUGGAUUCAGCUCUUGCCGCUUCGACGAAUCGCUUUUCCAUCAGGAAUUAUUUGAAAAACUUAAGAUCUACAUGGUGACGUUCGAUCGGCCGGGUUACGGGGAAAGCGAUCCGGAUCCGAAACGAACGAUUAAAAGCUUAGCUUUGGAUAUGGAAGAACUUGCUGAUAAACUGGAACUUGGUCAUAAAUUCUAUGUAAUUGGAUAUUCCAUGGGUCAACAAGGAGCUUGGGGUAGCCUCAAGUACAUUCCUCAUCGGUUAGCCGGCGUGGCCUUAAUUGCACCGGUUGUGAACUACUGGUGGUCUAGUUUUCCGACCAACUUAUCGUUGGAGGCCUACAAAUUACAACCACGUCAAGAUCAAUUCGCAGUCGGCGUUUCACACUACGCGCCAUGGCUAGUCUACUGGUGGAACACCCAGCGAUGGUUCCCCGGCUCCAGCGUCAUCGCCGGAAAACCUAAUUUCUCAGCUUCCGAUUGGGAUCUCAUCUCCAAGCUUCGAGGCGACGGAUCACCAACACCAAAGGAUUACGUAAGGCAACAAGGACUAGAGGAAUCGAUUUUUAUGGAUAUGAAGGUCGGAUUUGGGAAAUGGGAGUUUGAUCCGAUGGAGAUUGAGAAUCCGUUCCCGGAGAAGGAGGGGAGUGUUCAUUUGUGGCAUGGAGAUGAAGAUGGGCUUGUGCCUGUGAGUUUGCAGAGAUACAUAGCGAAGAAGCUGCCAUGGAUUCAUUACCAUGAGCUACCUGGUGUUGGCCAUUUGCUACCAAAUUAUGAUGGUAAGAAAGAAGCCAUUUUAAAGUCUCUUCUGCUAGGAGAAUACUAAUACUCAUAGUUUUGGUGUUUUAGGCAUUCAUCAUAUAUGUUAGAUCUUGAAUGUAGUUGUUUGUUUAUGUGUAAUGUGAUGAAUUGAUCAUGUUUGUAGCAGGCAGUGAGUUUCCAUAUUGUCAUAUUGAACAUGUAAUCUCAUGUAUACAUAUCCUAUUCAAAGGGUAAUUGAAGCAAAGAUUAGAAAUACACUUUAUAUCAAGGCA